CGUCGCGACACAGACGUCAGUCGGCUGUGAAACCGCUCGGUCAAAGAUGGCGGACUCGCAGUCGACGGGUCUGGGGGAGGAAACGGCAAAGGCGAGCUGGGGCAGCACCGCCUGGAAGACGCCGGGAUUUGAGAGAGCCAAGGAUACGGUCGGGGGAGCGGGGAGCUUGCGGUUCAACGACAACAAUGGCGGCCACAACAAGGGAAGGAAACGCAACCUGUCAGAUCUGUCUCUGGUCAGGUUUGUCACUACUGAGCUGACCAGGGGUUAUUUCCUGGAGCACAACGAGGCCAAAUACACAGAGCGCCGAGAAAGAGUGUACACCUGCCUACGUAUUCCUAAGGAGUUGGAGAAGUUGAUGACGUUCGGCUUCUUCCUCUGUCUGGACGCCUUUCUCUACGUCUUCACGCUGUUGCCCCUCAGAGUGCUGCUGGCCCUUCUACAGCUUAUCACGGUGCCAUGCUGCGGCCUCGGAGGGACUCGCCUGCUCCAGCCAGCGCAGGUGUGCGACGUCCUAAAAGGCUUCAUCAUGGUGCUGUGUUACUCCAUGAUGAGCUACGUUGACUACGCCAUGAUGUACCACCUCAUCCGGGGCCAGUCAGUCAUUAAACUCUACAUCAUCUACAAUAUGCUAGAGGUGGCGGAUCGCCUCUUCUCGUCUUUCGGCCAGGACAUCCUGGACGCGCUGUACUGGACGGCCACGGAACCCAAAGAGAAGAAAAGGGCGCACAUAGGCGUCAUCCCCCACUUUUUCAUGGCCGUGCUCUAUGUCUUUCUCCACGCCAUCCUCAUUAUGGUCCAGGCCACCACGCUCAAUGUCGCCUUCAACUCCCACAACAAGUCGCUCCUCACCAUCAUGAUGUCGAACAACUUUGUGGAGAUCAAAGGAAGCGUCUUCAAAAAGUUUGAGAAGAACAACCUUUUCCAGAUGUCAAACAGCGAUAUAAAAGAGAGGUUCACGAACUACAUCCUCCUGCUCAUCGUCUGCCUGAGAAACAUGGAGCAGUUCUCCUGGAACCCUGAUCACUUGUGGGUGCUAUUUCCCGACGUCGCCAUGGUGAUCGCCUCUGAGGUGACUGUCGACAUCGUCAAGCACGCGUUCAUCACCAAAUUCAACGACAUCAGUGCUGACGUGUACGGAGAGUACCGAGCCAGUCUCGCCUUUGACCUCGUCAGCAGUCGGCAGAAAAAUGCCUACACAGACUACAGCGACUCUGUCUCCAGAAGAAUGGGCUUCAUUCCUCUUCCUUUAGCACUGCUGCUGAUCCGAGUGGUCAGCAGCUCAGUGAAGAUCCAGGGUUCGCUCUCCUUCAUAUGUGUGCUGCUCUUUUAUUUGGGGCUGAUCACCCUGAAAGUGCUCAACAGCAUAGUUCUGCUCGGCACAUCUUGCAUGUUUGUCAAAGAGGCCAACAUGGAGGAGAAGCUCUUCGACCCGCCGCCUUCUGCCGUCUCCAGCCGCGUCAACUCCAAGGCUAAUCGAACCAAAGCAGCGCAUACUGCGCCCCAGCAAGAACCUGCCACAGACAAAGGAGGAAUACCCCUGGCGUCGGUCAGCCCUCAGCCAGCACACGUGCCAGAAAUCCCCACCCCCACCGCGCUCCCUAAGAGUGACUCUGACGCUUUCCUCACCACCCCCGACGACGGGGAGGACGACGUCAUUAAAAUCAUCAACACCGACACAGGGCUGGACGAGGACGUGCUCGCGCGUAGAACGCCCAAAAAGGACUUGCUGGAGAUAGACCGUUUCACCAUAUGCGGAAACCGCAUCGACUGAACGCCACCGGGGGGGCCGGGGGUGGGGUCGUUGACCUUGAGGCGCACUGCGGAUCAGGGUCCCACACACACAGCUGACACAAUCAGUAUUUAUUAAUUUAUUACUGACAAAAACCAGCCAAGGCAUUCAGCUGUUACUAUAAGAUGUCCUACCAAAGGACCACGGGCUCGUAGGGCCCGUUUGCCACACGACCACAGGAGCGCGUGGAGUGUCAAGCAUCUCGUCGAGAGAAAAUGUGAAAAUAUGCCGAGUGGGUUUGCUGUGCUUUAUUACAGCUGCACUGUGUUUGCUCAAACACAAUCCACAGAUGUCAGCCAGGUACAAAACUUGUUUUUUUUUCAACUUUGGAAAAUUCUUACAUUUUAAAGGAUUUUUAUGGGAGUGAAAAAAAAAAUCUCUGUUUUUAUGGAAAAUGUGAGGUGAUAGACUCCCAGCUGGAAUCUUCACGCCGUUACAAGGCUGUCAUUUUGAAAGCAGUUACUGAGUCGCUGAAGAUGACUGCACUGACAACAAACACAGGUGUAAAUGUAGCCAAACACCUUUUUAGAUCGAAUUAUGUAGGGUUUAUUCUUCUUUAAAAAAUACCUGCACUCAAUUACCAUGGCAGCGUUUUUUUAAGUUAUCAAAUUACUGUAAUCGCUUGUUUUUUUUGAACUUUUGUUUUUUAACUUGCACUCAGUAACUUAAUCUUUGCAGCUAAAAUCUUUAUGAUUCAAAUAGUGUGUUGCACAUUUUUUUUUACAUCCUCAUUCUUAUUUGUCAUGCUUUAAUAUUGGGGUCUAUUUAGAGCAGAGGUGUCCAAAUUCUGACCCGGGGACCAUUACCAGCCUGCAGCUCUAAAUAAAAAAAAAACGGAAAUCUAAAGUUUAAUUUAAAAAGGAAGAAUAAGGCUCUUCUAUAAUAUUUUUUUUAACACAAAGCUGAAAAGGAGGCAAUUUUUUCAGCAUAUUGUGAGACACAUUAGCUCGCUUUUUAAGUUUUUUUUAAUAAACGGUAUAGAAUAUCAAAAUGGCCACUGCAUAUUUUAAACAUUGUGCAGGGGAACAUUUUGAAAACCCCUCUUUUAGAGUACCGUAGAUCCCGCUACUUGCCAGGGUUUCCUCCCGAACACAAAAAAUAGACCCACCCUCAAAAUUCUAAAUGUCUAAAAAAAAAAAACGGGUAAUAUUCCUCUCACUCUUUUUAACUUUGUGAUGCAUCAUGGUCACUACAUUGGACACCAAUUCAAAAGCUGAUCUUUCCCCUAUAUGCAUGAAGUUAAAAGUCAAAGUUGCCAUACCCUGCCACCUGUUGGUCAGCUGUUCUAAAUGCAAAAAAACGGACAUUCAGAAGUGCAAAACGGGAGGAAUAUCUGUCCAUUCCUCUUUUUCUAAGAAAGCCAUGCAGGUACAAAAGUAUAGGAACAUCAAGAAACGAAUAAGAGUUAACAUUUCCAAGCUUUGAUUUUGUGUUAUGAGGAAAUUGUGAUGAAUUUUUGGUCCACUAAAUUGGACAUCAUGCAUCACUGGCUAUAUUUUGAAUGCCAUGCAUAGUAUUGCUGUGAGUUUUGAAGAUUCUUAACGUGCAGUAACUUUCUGGCUGCGAAUCAAUUAAUGAAUGCUAUUAGAAUGUUAAUGUAGUUUUUAUUAGAAUAUAGGAAACAACAUUUGUAGUCGGGUUGUUUUGCAAUAUAUUUAACAAUAUUGAAAUAUGUGAACAUAUUUUUAAAGUUAAUUAAAAAUAUUUUAUACUGUUUACAAAAUUGUAUUUCUUUUUUUUUUUUUUUUAGGAAAGUAUUUCAUCAAUUAAACGCAUGUUGUCCACCCCAGUGGACAUUUUUCAACUCCUUGUUAAUUGUAUGUUUUUAAUAUUUUUUUUAAUGUUUUCCAUGCCAAGAGAUUAAUGGUAAAAGGCAAGGCAAGUUUAUUUAUAGAACACAAUUCAAAGUACUUUACAGAAAAUUACAAGAAGGCCAAAAAUGAAAAUACAAUAAUCAUAAUUAGAAUUAAAAUCACCAAGUAAAGUCAUUAUAAAAACAAUUACGAUUCACAUCAAAGAGUGCAGAUAAACUACUUUCAGUUGUCAUAUGCACAAUUAAAUAAAAGGGUUUUUAGCUUAUCUUCUGGAGGACUAUUUCAGAUUUGAAGCGCAGUCUCACUAUGUUCGAUCCUCACUCUAGGCACCAGCAGGAGACCACUCCCUGAGGUUCUCAGAGCUGGAGAUGGUUCAUAUGGUUCUAACAUGUUAGAGAUGUACUUUGGCACAAGACCAUGAACAUACUUGUACACAAGCAGAGCUGUUUCAGAGUCUGUUCUCUGAGUAACAGGAAACCAUUGCAGUGGCCAAAGAGGAACUGGACUAAUAUGGUCGUAUUUCCUGGUUCUUGUCAGGACUCGAGCAGCAGCAUGGAUGUACUGUAAGUCUGAUUUCGACACUAUUCCUCUGAUUUUGGCAAUGUUUUUAUGUGGUCAAAAGCUGCUGAUGUUAUUGACUUAACGUGGCUUUUAAAGUUCAAGUCUAUGUCCAUUAUUACCCCGAGAUUUCUAACUUGAUUAGUAGGUUUCAGUGAGAGAGUUUCAAGGUGACUAAUAAUAGUAUCUUUUUGCUUCUUUGCGCCAAAGACAAUUGGUUCACUUUUGUCUGAAUUGAGCGGAAGAAAAUGGUUUUGCAUCCACACACUGGUCUGUUCUAUGCAGCGACAAAGUGAAUCAACCUGCCGUCAGUGACACGUAGAUCUGAGUGUCAUCUGCAUAGCUGCGGUAUAGGACACAUUUAAGCUAAGUAUUAGCUGGCCUAUUGGCAGCAUGUACAAGUUGGAACAAUAGGGGUCCUAAAGUUGAGCCCUGAGGAACCCCACAGGUCAUAGCCAUUUCCAAAGUUACCAAUUUCAUCAAGAAUGUCCUGUGAUCGCGAUAGGACUUGAACCAGUCAAGAACAGGCAGCAUGUACAGGCUGGAACAAUAGUGGUUCUAAAGUUGAGCCCUGAGGAACCCCACAGGUCAUAGCCAUUUCCAAAGUUACCAAUUUCAUCAAGAAUGUCCUGUGAUCGAGAUAGGACUUGAACCAGUCAAGAACAGGCAGCAUGUACAGGCUGGAACAAUAGUGGUUCUAAAGUUGAGCCCUGAGGAACCCCACAGGUCAUAGCCAUUUCCAAAGUUACCAAUUUCAUCAAGAAUGUCCUGUGAUCGAGAUAGGACUUGAACCAGUCAAGAACAGGCAGCAUGUACAGGCUGGAACAAUAGUGGUUCUAAAGUUGAGCCCUGAGGAACCCCACAGGUCAUAGCCAUUUCCAAAGUUACCAAUUUCAUCAAGAAUGUCCUGUGAUCGCGAUAGGACUUGAACCAGUCAAGAACAGGCAGCAUGUACAGGCUGGAGCAAUAGUGGUUCUAAAGUUGAGCCCUGAGGAACCCCACAGUUACCAAUUUCAUCAAGAAUGUCCUGUGAUUGCGAUAGGACUUGAACCAGUCAAGAACAACCGGAUAUUCCCACCCAGUUUUCUAACCCCUGUAAAACGAUAGAAUGGUCAACUGUGUCAAAGGCAGCACUCAGAUCCGGCAGAACCAAGACUGAGAACUUUCCUGCGUCUGUGUUGAGGCGGAUAUCAUUUGUCAAUGUAUCGCAGGGUUAAAUUCAAUUUUACACAACACAAAAUAAAUUGUAGGCGCAUAAUAUUUUACAAAACGUGAAGUUUUCAACAUCACGUCUUGUCAAAGCAUCUUCCUGCUGGAAAAUGAGUGAAGUGACUUGCUUGACAAAUAGCACCGUCAAACCUUUUUGUUUAAUUUACCAAAAUAAUAAUUAUUUACAAUUUAAAACAAACCAAUUAAAUUUGCAAAUAUACAGGGAGUGAAAUAGCCGUGGAUCUACUGUACUUCCAAUAUCGUAAAGGUUCUCGGUUUUUUUUUACAUUUAUUUUGAAAAUAAUACUGCAGUUGCAUUUUGGUUGUUUUGUUAAAUAUUGUUAUGGUUUGGACUUGAUUCCACUGCCCCCAAAAAUAGUUAGGAUGUCAUCAUUGUGGAGAUAAUUAAAGUUAAGUUAAAGUUAAAGUACCACUGAUAGUCACACACACACACUAGGACUGGUGAAAUUACCCUCUGUGUUUAACCCAUCCCCUUGUUCCACCUCCCUGGGAGGUGAGGGGAGCAGUGAGCAGCAGCGGUGGCUGCGCCCGGGAAUCAUUUUGGUCAUUUAACCCCCAAUUCCAACCCUUGAUGCUGAGUGCCAAGCAGGGAGGUAAUGGGUCCCAUUUUUUUUUAUAGUCUUUGGUAUGACUCGGCCGGGGUUUGAACUCACGACCUACCGAUCUCAGGGCGGACACUCUCACCACUCUAAGCAUAAUCUAAGAAACUUUAUUUUCAUCCCUUUUCACAGUGAAGGGAAACAUUUAGAUUGGGUUAGAUCUGAUUUCAAUUCUUAGUUUGAACUGGAAGGCACUCGUAUAUCAUCUUGAUGCUUGUGUAACAUUGUAUACCUCAAUAACGCCUAUACAACGUACUUAUUCAUGAUCUCAUAGGAGCACCAUAAACAAUGUUGAUUAAUUAUGCCAACUGUUUUUUUUUUCUUUUCUUGAUUUGCUUCUUAUCAUUUCUGUCGGGCUGUGUCACAGCUCUUUUUCGCCACAGAAGAAGGAGAAUAAAUAGUUGUUUUGUAAUGCCCUUCUGGUGUGUGACGUCUGUGGGAAUAGUGGAAGGUUUCAUGAAUGGUGGUGUGUUCUCCAGGACAAACACGACACUCUU